ACCGACCUCGACGGAUUAUAGCGCUGCCCUCCAUCCGGUCGCAUCCCAUCCCAUCCCAUCCCAUCCCAUCCGCGCCCGCGCGCCCCGUUUCUUACCUGCCUUAUCAUAAGAUCAAUUUCCUCGCUUCCGCAGGCCUCUCUUUCUCAAGCCUCGAGCUGCGCCUGCCUCACGCUCGCUUCCUCGAGCACGCGCGUCCUUCCCCUUCCCUUCCUCGCGGUCGUUGUUGGGAAGAGAGUAGGCAGCGAUGGCGAGCUGCACAGCAAUGUCUGCUGCGGUCGCUCCUUGCGUUUCCGGAAGCGCCGUGAGGGCUUCCGAUGCCGCUGCUUCUGCCCUGAAGCCCUCUCCUCUCGGUUGCAAGGCCGCAAGCAAGUUGAGCUCUAGCGCUGCUUUCAGUCAGCUCAGCUUCUCCGAGGCUGCUCGCCCCGUCGCAUGGAAGGAGUUCAGCUCCAACGCUGGCCGCAAGGGUGUUCUCGUUGUCAGAGCUGCCCGUGGAAAAUUCGAGAGGAACAAGCCCCACGUGAACAUCGGUACCAUCGGACAUGUCGACCACGGAAAGACCACUCUCACCGCAGCUCUCACUAUGGCCUUGGCCGCCAUUGGAGGUGGUGCUGGAAAGAAGUACGAAGACAUUGAUGCUGCACCCGAAGAGAGGGCCAGAGGUAUUACUAUCAACACGGCCACCGUCGAGUACGAGACUAGUGCUCGUCACUACGCUCACGUCGACUGUCCUGGACACGCUGAUUACGUGAAGAACAUGAUUACUGGAGCUGCGCAGAUGGACGGUGCCAUUCUCGUUGUGUCCGGUGCGGACGGGCCCAUGCCCCAGACGAAGGAACACAUCUUGCUCGCGAAGCAAGUCGGUGUGCCAAACAUGGUGGUUUUCUUGAACAAGGAGGACCAGGUUGACGACACCGAGUUGCUGGAUUUGGUCGACAUGGAGGUCCGUGAGCUCCUGACCUCGUACGAAUUCCCCGGUGAUGAUAUCCCAAUCAUCUCUGGGUCCGCUCUUCUGGCAUUGCAAGCCUUGACAGCGAACCCAAAGAUUCAAAGGGGUGAGAACGUGUGGGUAGACAAGAUUCUUGACUUGAUGGACAACGUUGACAGUUACAUUCCCAUCCCAGUCAGGCAGACAGAAUUGCCAUUUUUGAUGGCCGUCGAAGACGUGUUCUCCAUCACUGGAAGAGGAACUGUGGCCACCGGUCGUGUUGAGCGUGGAAUUGUUAAGGUUGGUGAGACAGUGGAACUUGUCGGUUUAAGACCUACCAAGGCCACUACAGUGACUGGUCUCGAGAUGUUCCAAAAGGAGUUGCCCGAUGCCCAGGCGGGAGACAACGUUGGUAUGCUUUUGAGAGGAAUUCAAAAGGAUGAUAUCCAGAGGGGUAUGGUGUUGGCCAAGCCUGGAUCCAUCACCCCCCACAGUUCCUUCGAGGCAUCCGUCUACAUCUUGAAGAAGGAAGAGGGAGGAAGGCACAGACCCUUCUUCGCCGGUUACAGGCCCCAAUUCUACAUGAGGACCACUGACGUGACGGGCUCAGUUGAGAGCGUCGAGACUGACAAGGGUGAGGAGACCAACAUGGUCAUGCCCGGUGAUCGCGUGAAGAUGACUGUUAACCUUAUCAACCCAAUUGCUUGCGAAACCAAGAUGAGGUUCGCCAUCAGGGAAGGAGGAAAGACCGUAGGUGCCGGAAUUAUCUCCAAGGUCAUGAACUGAGUGAUGAGAACUUCGUUAUUUCGAUGUCCAAUUAAUUUUGGGAAGACUCUUGUAAUCUUCAAGGCCUGGAUCCUCCGGAAUGCGCAGAAAAGAGUGAGAAAAAUCGAUUACUUCUUGAAGCCUCAUUACUGAUUGUAAUGUAGUUCGGUAGUAAGCUUAUCAUCUCCUGUCUGUGGAUCUCACUAUCAGAGGCCAGGCACCUCCUUUAGAGAUGUAGGCCGAAUGUUAUGCGGUUGAAGAAUGUAGAGGAAGGUUAGUCAUUAGGAAGGAGGUCUGUGUAGAACUUAAAUUCGAUUCUUUACUGCAUUGGUAUAAUACAUUUGUAUCUGUCCUCAGCUGGUUAACGAUAACUAUCAAUGAAACUUGCCAGUGAAAUUUCGCUGCGUUAGGAUUUAACUCCAACAUGAGGAUAAGGUUCUAAAUUGUGUUGUUGCCGAAUGCACGGUCAAAGUCACUAAAAUAAAGUGGUUUUUUCUGUUGAUACAAGUA